AAAGAAAACGCCAUUGGACUAUUACUUUUACAAAUACAUAUCUUCAAAAAAUAAAAUGGAGCUUGAAACUCGGAAACAACACUUUCACAGGGAAAGAUCACAUCUAUGGAAGUUUUUUAUGGGGUUGUGUCUACUGGUGAUCAUGAGUUGUCUGGUUGUAUGGUCUUAUACAGGUAAUGAAAGGAAGAAGCACCCUCCACCCAGCUUUUUGUCUCUGCACUUUCCAGGAAUAUAUACAAACUCCACUUCUCCUUCAGUACUCAGUUCAGAAGAGUCAAGCUCAUUUUACCUUGAAAAAGGAAUCAAUUUAGAAGACUACUCCAGGUUACAGCAGGAUGUUUACUGGGCCGGGCCUGACAGAGCAAUCACAAAUGUGUCCAUGAGUACUAGUCCAGGCCACACCAAAUUCAUCAUUCAGAACCUGAAAGAGAGCUAUCAAAUUGGUGAGGAGCUUUAUGUUACGGUGCACGCAAAGGAUUUUGACAACAAAUCCAAGCUUUAUGGAGGUGACUUUUUUCAAGCCAAGCUAUUCUGGUCUAAAACUAAGGCCAGUGUUUUUGGGGAGGUGGUGGACCUGCUCAAUGGCUCCUACUCUGUACGUUUCCUCUUGCCGUGGGUCGGCGAGGCACAGGUGGCUGUGCGUCUAAUUCACUCCAGUGAAGCUGUGCAGGUCCUGAAGCAUCACAGAGAUACUGACUCUGACAGAGUGUUCUUUAAAGGAUAUUAUGAGGGACCAGGACCAAAUAAGACCAGGCUGAGUGAAACAGUGAUGUGUAAUGUAAAGUGGGACAACAAUGGACUAGAGCGUAUGGGAACAGAAGACUGCUGCUGUGAAUACAACGAUCACCGUACCGGAGAAACUUGGCGCUGUCAGAGACCCAAAUCGCUGCCAUGCAGUUCCCUUGUGUAUCACUCUAUGGGUGGUUAUAGAAACCGCCUGACUAAUAAGGAGAAAAUGCUUAUGAAGCAAACUAACAAAGGUAUCAAUGGAGAUAAAAGGAUCAUCAAAAUUUUUCAUUCCGAGGGAAAUGAAACUAUUGAUGUUACAGAGAAAUGUCACCCUGGUUUACACACUCCAGUUCCAGCUGGCUUUUACUUGAAUGAUGUGUGGACGUCAUUCGUCUGUAGCACCCGCCAUUUUACAACCCAAACGACAACAGAGUGCCUGAAAGACAAACACAUUUACAUGAUGGGAGACUCUACUAUGAGACAGUGGUUUGAGUUCUUUGUGAAAGCAAUACCAACCCUGAAGCAGAUGAACCUGCAUGUCCAAAAUCAGUCAGGGCCGCUCAUUGCAGUGGAUGUGGAUAACAACAUUGACUUACACUGGAGGGCUCACGGCGUUCCUGUGCGCACUCGGAAAACAGCAUUCGCUGAUCUGCACUACAUCAGUAAUGAGAUCGAUGACCUGGCUGGAGGAUCCCACACAGUCAUUAUGUUCAAUCUGGGACCCCAUUUCACCACGUACCCUCUGGAUUUCUUCACCCAUAGAGUGUUGAGGAUUCGCAAAGCUGUUCUAGCAUUGUUACAGCGGGCACCUGAUACAACUGUUAUAAUCAAGACUGUCAACACUGGCUAUAAGGAUAUUUUUGGCAGUGACUGGUAUUCUCUACAGCUGGACAGAAUUCUACACUGGGCUUUUCAGGAUGUUGGCGUUUAUAUUAUAGAUGUUUGGCAAAUGACCGCAUGUCACUACAGCAAAGAGAACAUUCAUCCUGGCCCUAUCAUCAUUAAAAAUGAGAUUGACAUUUUACUCUCUUUUAUUUGCCCUUACUGAAU